CAGAUAAGGGAGCUGAUCCUAAAGACAAGCUCCCAAGCAGGCUGAGUGUACAGCUGCAGCAGGAAACAGGUUCCGGAUGUGAUCAGUAGCAUCAGACAAUUAUCCAAGGCUGCCAUGAAGGAGGAUGCAAAACCCAGCAAAGAUACAGAGGACGCCUUCUACAACUCUCAGAAGUUCGAAGUUCUGUACUGUGGGAGGGUGACGGUGACCCACAAGAAGGCACCAUCCAGUCUCAUUGAUGACUGCAUGGAGAAAUUCAGCCUGCAUGAGCAGCAGCGCCUGAAGCUGCAGGGCGAGCGGGGUGACCCCAGGGAAGAGCUGGGUGUCUUGGAGGCCGAGUCGCCUGGGUCCCCUGAGUACAGCCUGCCGGAGGAGGUGGAGGGUGCAGUCAACAACCAUCGCACCCUGCCUGCCCUGGCCAGCCAGCCGGCACUGGCCGGCUCUAGGGUUUGCUUCCCAGAGCGGAUUUUGGAAGAUUGUGGCUUUGAUGAACAGCAGGAGUUCCGGGCUCGAUGCAGCAGCGUCACCGGAGUCCUGCAAAAGAAGGUUCAUGAAAACAGCCAGAAACCACAGCCCAGAAGGAGGCACGCGAGUGCGCCCAGCCAUGUACAGCCCUCAGAUUCUGAGAAGAACAGGACCAUGCUCUUCCAGGUUGGCCGCUUUGAGAUUAACCUUAUCAGCCCAGACACUAAAUCAGUUGUGCUAGAAAAGAAUUUUAAAGAUAUCUCCUCUUGUUCACAGGGAAUAAAGCACAUUGAUCACUUUGGCUUUAUCUGUCGGGAAUCUGCAGAGCCUGGACUGAGCCAGUACAUCUGUUAUGUGUUCCAGUGUGCCAGCGAAUCUCUGGUGGAUGAGGUCAUGUUGACUCUGAAGCAAGCUUUCAGCACCGCGGCUGCACUGCAGAGUGCCAAGACACAGAUCAAGCUGUGUGAGGCCUGCCCCAUGCAUUCUUUACAUAAGCUCUGUGAGAGGAUUGAAGGUCUCUACCCACCUAGAGCCAAGCUGGUAAUUCAGAGGCAUCUCUCCUCACUGACAGAUAAUGAGCAAGCUGACAUCUUUGAACGGGUUCAGAAAAUGAAGCCCAUCAGUGACCAGGAAGAGAAUGAACUUGUCAUCUUACACCUGAGGCAGCUCUGUGAGGCCAAGCAGAAGAUACAUGUGCACAUUGGGGAAGGGCCGUCGAUCCUUUCAAAUAGUACAAUUCCAGAAAAUUCGACGAGCGGAGGGAGGUUCAAACUUGACAUUCUGAAAAAUAAAGCGAAGAGGUCCUUAACUUCCUCCUUGGAAAACAUCUUUUCUAGGGGAGCUAACAGAAUGAGAGGUCGGCUUGGAAGUGUGGACAGCUUUGAACGGUCCAACAGUCUUGCUUCAGAGAAGGACUUCUCACCAGGGGACUCUCCCCCGGGGACACCGCCAGCCUCCCCACUAUCCUCUGCGUGGCACGCUUUCCCUGAAGAGGAUUCCGAUUCUCCACAGUUUCGCAGAAGGGCUCAUACUUUCAGCCACCCACCUUCGAGUUCAAGGAGGAAGCUGAAUUUGCAGGACGGGCGGGCUCACGGCCUGCGCUCCCCCCUGCUGAGGCAGAGCUCCAGUGAGCAGUGCAGCAUUCUCCCGUCAGCCCGACGCAUGUCCAAGGAGAGUAAUUCUUCCUCCAGCCUUCCAAGCCUUCACACUUCCUUCUCUGCCCCUUCCUUCACUGCCCCCUCUUUCCUGAAAAGCUUUUACCAGAAUUCAGGUAGACUGUCCCCACAGUAUGAAAAUGAAAUCAGACAGGACACUGCUUCAGAAUCAAGUGAUGGAGAAGGGAGGAAAAGGACCUCAUCCACCUGUAGUAAUGAGUCCCUAAACGCCGGAGGAACCCCUGUCACCCCUCGCCGAAUCUCCUGGCGGCAGCGCAUUUUCCUUCGGGUUGCAUCUCCUGUGAACAAGUCCCCUUCAGGAAUGCAGCAAAAAGAUGGACUGGACAGGAAUGAACUGCUCCCACUGUCCCCUCUCACUCCCACCAUGGAGGAGGAGCCGCUGGUUCUAUUCUUGUCUGGUGAUGAGGACUCAGAAAAGGUUGAAGAAAAAAAGAAAUCAAAAGAACUAAAGAGUUUGUGGAAAAAAGCUAUACACCAGCAAAUCCUGUUGCUUCGGAUGGAGAAGGAAAACCAGAAACUGGAAGAAGCAAGAAGAGAUGAGCUCCAGUCCAGAAAAGUUAAGUUAGACUAUGAAGAAGUUGGUGUGUGUCAGAAAGAGGUCUUAAUAUCGUGGGAUAAAAAGUUGUUGAAUUGCAGAACUAAAAUCAGAUGUGACAUGGAAGAUAUCCAUACUUCUCUUAAAGAAGGUGUUCCCAAAAGUCGGCGAGGGGAAAUUUGGCAGUUUCUAGCUUUACAAUACCGCUUGAGACAUAGAUUGCCGAAUAAACACCAGCCUCCAGACACCUCCUAUAGAGAGCUCCUGAAGCAGCUGACUGCUCAGCAGCAUGCCAUCCUCGUGGAUCUGGGAAGGACAUUUCCUACUCACCCGUACUUUUCAGUACAGCUUGGGGCGGGGCAGCUGUCCCUCUUUAACCUGCUGAAAGCCUAUUCUUUGCUGGACAAAGAGGUGGGCUACUGUCAGGGAAUCAGCUUUGUGGCUGGAGUCCUGCUUCUGCACAUGAGUGAAGAACAAGCGUUUGAAAUGCUAAAGUUCCUCAUGUAUGACCUCGGCUUCCGCAAGCAGUACCGACCUGACAUGAUGUCUCUUCAGAUCCAGAUGUACCAGCUGUCCAGACUUCUUCAUGACUACCACCGAGAGCUCUACAAUCAUCUUGAAGAGAAUGAGAUCAGCCCCAGUCUGUAUGCUGCCCCCUGGUUCCUCACACUCUUUGCCUCUCAGUUUCCGUUAGGAUUUGUAGCCAGAGUUUUUGAUAUAAUUUUUCUUCAGGGGACUGAAGUUAUAUUUAAGGUUGCCCUCAGCCUACUGAGCAACCAAGAGGCACUUAUAAUGGAGUGUGAAAAUUUUGAAAAUAUUGUUGAAUUUCUCAAAAGCACAUUACCUGAUAUGAAUACCACUGAAAUGGAAAAAAUUAUUACCCAGGUUUUUGAGAUGGAUAUUUCCAAACAGCUACAUGCCUAUGAGGUGGAGUACCACGUGUUGCAGGACGAGCUUCAGGAAUCGUCCUAUGCUUGUGAGGAUAAUGAAUCUCUGGAGAAACUGGAGAGAGCCAACAACCACUUGAAAAGACAGAACAUGGACCUCUUAGAAAAACUUCAGGUGGCUCAUGCUAAAAUACAGGCCUUGGAAUCCAACCUAGAAAAUCUUUUGACCAGAGAGACCAAAAUGAAGACCUUAAUCCGGACCUUGGAGCAAGAUAAAAUGGCUUAUCAAAAGACAGUAGAGCAUAUCCGGAAGCUGCUGCCAGCAGAUGUGCUGGCCAACUGUGAAUCGCUGCUGCGGGACCUAGCCUACACCCCAAAUGACAAAGCCAAGGCAGGAACCAAGCCAUAGUUUCAGAUGUGGCCUCAGUAGAGAGUGUUCUUAGACUCCUGAGAGGAGAUGCCUGUGUGUUGCUGGUUCAAGCUGGACAGGAAGCUGGUGGGACACUGCUGGUGCUGAGCUCCUGGUCAGCAGGCAACAUUGCUCUCCUCGGAGCACUCCACUGCUGAGCCAUCUUACAGACAUCCUGACUGUUUUCUUCUGGUUAUUGCCGACAAUGUGCAUAUAUAUAAAACGGGACAUAAAGAUUUGUGCUUUCAAAUAAAAUGAGUAGACGUGUUUAGAGCAAUUUUUUUUUAGUCAGAACUUCAUGAAAUCCACACCAAAGGGAAGUUCAAGUGAGAUUCCCCUUGGACACAUAUGAAAUCUUUUUGUCUUUCUAGUGAAACAAAUCUAGAGGAUCUUUGUAUAUUGAAAUAUACUUGAAAAAAAUGAAUGUAUUUUUUUUUCUCCAAAGAAUAGCAUGUUUCACUCAAUGGUGGAAAGGUGGACACAUGUCUAUAGCUUUACGUGUCCAUGUCUAUGUGAGGGACAUGACUGGCAGCCUCUCUGGCCCCUGAGGGUUUCUUAAGAAGGCCCUUCUGCCCUGCCUGCUUUGUGCCAACCAGUAUGCCAUAUCUUCAUAGGUUUUGAGUCUGAUUAGGUUUUGCUUUAGACACACAUGUGGAGAAAGCAGGAGAUUAAGGCUGAGUUCACGAUGAAGAGGGAUGUUGCUAAUUUUAUAGUGGAUUAAACCAGCAUUGAUAUUCAAACUCAAAAUAUCAGGCCUCAAAGACAUAAUUAAGCACCUGAAUUGCCUAGAGCAGCUUUUUACCUCUUUACUUGAGUGACUUCUAUAGUUGUGAACAGUCGCUUGGUGCUAUAGUUCCCAAGUGACAGGAUUUGCUAUUUCUCCACAAAAUUAUGAGAACCUUUAAUGUAGCUCUCUCUAACUUCAGCCUAGAAUAAGGAAAUAAAAUUAUGAUAGAUUUUUCCAAAGAGGAUAUCUGUGUUGAGAUAUUUUUUAUCUUUUGCACAGUUGACAAAAACCAUUUAAUCAUUUUCUCUUUUCAUGUGAAAAUUUAGAACUGUGAAAAGUUUAAAAUACAAACUGUGUAAAGCCACUGGAAGACAAAGGAAAUGCCUCCAACCCAGUUGAAGUCUUCAAUUCUGUAUUUGGAGGGUCCCUGACUUCCGCUCAUGACAGACAGGUUAUUAGAGGACAUUCAUGCAUGCUGGGUGCAUGGAUGGAAAGUAAUUUUCAAAGUACAGUGCAUUCUCCAUUGCAGAGAUGAUUUCGCAGUAGUGCCUCUGAAAAUUGAUGCAGUGUUUGGGCCUUUCCAGACAGUAUUUAUCGUCACUGCUUUUUGCAGUUCUUGUCUUUUCGUAGUUGGAUUUUUUUCGCGGGGGGGGGGGACUUUCCUCAAAGAGAGUUUGUUAUAUACAAGCUAAAAUUUUAUUAUAGAGUGCAAGAGUCAAGGCCUGAAAGUUUCAGAAAACCUUGUUGAGAUGUCAAGCAUCUGCAAAUUCUCCCAUGCUGUUAUUCCAUUUGAAUGUAAUGACUUUCUGGAGAUCAGUGUGUCCUUGGAUCCAUGGGGUUUCUCCCAAGACAAUGAAGUCUUAUUACUGAGGAAAGUUGAUAUAGCUUCCAGAUUCUAGAAAAUGCUGAUUCUACAUUUGGUUGAGGGCCAUUAGUCGAUCUGUUGCUUGGAUUUCCUAAAAACUUCUGCAUUUGUGAUCUUUUAUUUUAUCAGGAUUAGAGCGUAUACACCAUCUUCUUACUGUCUGGUAAUGAAAAUUGCCUUAUGGGUGUGAUACACUGGUGGUAGCUGAGGGAGCUUCAAGUUGUAGAAGGAAAUAUUCUUUUCUGUUUCUCAGUUUAAAAUGAAGUAUAUUCCAGAUGUUUAGAGUCAGGAGAGUGAGUUGUAUUAUGGUGUUCAGAGAUUAACAUGAAUUGGAUACAGUAUUUUCUUGUGAAAAUGAAUUUUCUUUUUCAUUUGUGAUUUUUAAAACAUGUUACAUCAGUUAUGCUUUGUUCAUUUUACAUCUUCAUCAGGCUUAUGUGAUGCCUAGUUCAUUUCCAAUAAAUAUGUUGUUGCAAUU